UCUUCUGCACAAACAAUCAACAUUCUCCCCUUAAAGUAGACUUAAUAUAACUUCAGAAAGUGGCAAUUUUCUGGAAUAUUAGUGGUGCAUUAGAUUGAAGAAAGGUUGCUGUAAUGCCACAGCUAUAUUAUAAUUUUGGGAUAAAAUAAUUAAACCAAAGGAUAUUAAUGGUAUUUUAAAAAACGGCCUAGAGAGUGUUCAAAUUAAUAUAAAAUACACAUAACUGAGGAGCCAGACAAAUAAGUCCAUAUUAAAUACCUACACAACAAUUGUGAAUAUUAAAGUGACAACAAGAGAAUUAAAAAUUACAAGGAACACUUAACUCAUAAUAAUAUAAUAUCAAAUAUACUACUAAAUAUGUAUUGCUACUGGAGAUACUUGAAAGUCUGAUACACAUAUCUAAGUAAUGCUUUAUCAUUUAAUAUUAAGAGAACAAUGCUUUUGGCAAAUUUGUCUUUAAUUUUAUAUUUUGAGCGUGACUGAUUAAACCAUGGGCUUUUACAAUAAUACAAUUAAAGUGUCAACAAAAAGUCUCUACUGAAAUAUUAUUGGAAUAAAGCAGCAUAAUUUAACAUGUGGGUAUAUCAUACAGAUUCUAGACGGAAGAAAGCCACAGCAGAGGUGACACUGAUCACAUUUGAUUUCUUAAAUGAAUAUGAUAGAAAUAUAAUAGUAUGAUAUAAUUAGACACAUUUUUAAAAUGUAUUUUAGGGAUCUAAAUGUAUCCUACAGAAAUGUUUAACUUCAAUAUAAUAAUUACUUUAAUGUCGCGUGGUAUAGUUAUUAUUUUCGUACAGUAGGCCUAUACUAUAUAGAUAUCAACGUAGUAUUGAAAAAUCAAAAGUGCAAAACUUACAACAGUGACUAUCUGUGAAAGUAUAAACACACCUCGCUGAAAGACCCGAGGGGAAUACCAAAUAUGUUGACACCUGCCGCGAACACCACGCGGUGACGCAUUCACUGUCCUCAGCAAAUCCAAAAACUCACCGAAAAUGGUUACAUGACACAGCGACAACUCACAGUGAUCAUGGACAAUCCUGCACAGAUCUUCAGGUUUUUACUCCGUCAGUCUGCUCUCUAUAUAUCCUACGCACCAUUUGUUCCUAUGACCUGCUGAUGUGAGCCGGAGGGAUAAGGGAGAAAGUGGUUCUCAGGAAAAAAUAAAGACCGAGCACGUUGAAUAGUCUGAGACAGAGGAGGGACGCCAAACUUUACCUGGAGAUGCUUGCAGCCCGAUUAUCAUGAAAAAGUGGAGCUUUUGCAUGUCACAGUUGAAGAAGAUCAGUUACAGAGAAACCCAAACACUUGAGGAGCCUGAAAAAGGUCUCCUGGAAGAGGAGAUGCCAGUUGGUAGGACAGGAGCAGGGAAAGAGGAGAUUGAGGCAAGACGGACCAGAGUAGAUAAAGAGAAGGCUAAAAUAAGGCAGACAAUUAGAUACAUUAAAUAAGAAGUAGAGAGGCAGGCAGAAAUGAAAAAAACCCAUUAAUUACCAUUAAAGAAAAACCAGAAGAAGAGACUUCAGGAGAGUAUAAGUCUCGAAGGAUCCAGAGGAUAGGUGCUGUCAGGUUUUGAAGAUCAGCACAAACAAGUCAUCGCGAUGUUCAUGAACUUCCGUCGUAUUCGCAAGUGCCAGUGCGUGCAGCUGCUGACCGCAUGCAUGGUGCUGUGUGUGGUCAUGGUCAGCUGGGAGGAGCUGGACCACCACGUUGUCAGCCACGUGAGAUCAUACGCGUACCGCUACCUAGUCAACAGCUACGACUUUCUCAACUCUUCCUUCAACAUCUCCUCCAAACGUCCCAGAAAGGAUGGUUCUAUUAAUGGGUUGGUGACCUACCCAUACAUCAUUAACCAUCCAGGGAAAUGUGCGGGUGGAGAGGGGAAACGCGGGCGUGAUGUGCUCCUGCUUCUGUUUGUGAAAUCAUCGCCAGAGAACUUUGAGCGGCGCCAGGCCAUCAGGCACACGUGGGGGAAUGAGAGCUUUGUUUGGUCCAAACUGGGGGCCACGGUGAGGAUGGUGUUCGCCCUUGGCGUGGAUGAAAAGCAGAGAUCCAGGGUGCAGAGUGCACUGCUACAGGAGGACCAGAGCUACGGAGACCUGAUCCAGCAGGACUUUUUGGAUACCUUCCACAACCUGACAGCCAAACUGAUCAUGCAGUUCCACUGGGUGCACGAGUACUGCCCUCAGGCACUCUUCCUCAUGUCUGCAGAUGACGACAUCUUCGUCCACAUGACCAAUUUGGUGAAGUACCUAAGGCAGCUUCUGAGCAAUAAAUCAGGGGUCAAAGACUUUUGGGUGGGGCAUGUACAUAGAGGAGCCCCUCCGGUUCGCCGAAAAGAAAGCAAAUACCACGUCCCCUAUGAUCUGUACCCCUGGCCAUCCUACCCGGACUACACGGCUGGAGCGGGGUACGUGGUUUCACGGGAUGUUGCCACUAAGAUCUACCAGGCCACUCGGGUGCUGAACUCCUCCAUUUACAUCGACGACGUCUACAUGGGGAUUUGUGCCAACGCCAUGGGGGUCUCUCCCCAGGAGCAUGUGUACUUUUCAGGGGAGGGCAAGGCUCCGUACCACCCAUGCAUCUAUGACCACAUGAUCACAUCGCACGGUCACGUCACAGACGUGCGGUCGCUGUGGCAGGCAGCUACGGACCCUAAAGUGUAUGGCAAGUCCAGAGGAUUUAUGGGUAAUCUGUACUGCACAGCUGUGAGGGUGAUGAUGCUGUGUCUGCCAUAUCAGAACUCUUACUCCUGUAUGGCUGCUUUUACAUAAAUGAUCUUCAGGUAACACAAGGACUGCUGAAUGCUGAAUGUUUGCAGACAAAAAAAGGACAGAACUUUACUCAAACAGUCAGCCAUGUUAUUUCUCUUUAAUGUGAUAUUUAAGUGGUUACUUGGCUAUUUGCUCUAUGGUAAUAAAGAUAAAAGCUCUGAUAAGCCAA